UAUCGCAACAUCCCUACACAUGGAAAUAUAGCUGAUAAUCUGAGAACCAAUGUUGAUUCAGCUUAUCUAAUCAUAGAUAAGGCUGUUAUCAUAAUAUUGUCAGUUAUAAUAGUAUUGGUUGAUAUAGUUUAGAAUAGGGUCAGUCGAAUUUGUGGGUUGUUGAAGGCACCAGAUCACUCAGUCACAGUACCGUACUAAUGGCUUCAUUGCAAGACUUGCCAGACAUUUCUACAAUAUCAGUUAAAGAUGAGGCUUACAUUGACCCAGCUGACUACAUCUUCCAACACAGUGAAUACCAUGAUGUGACUUUCAAUGUGGGAAGCAAUAAUGACAAAACUGAGACGAUCAGAGCAGUGAAAGUUCACCUCAUAGCCCACAGUCCUGUUUUCAGACAGCUACUGUUGAACAAUAAGGCCAACACUCGAGUUUGCAUUUCUGAUGUCAGUCCUGAGAUUUUCAAGCUAAUAUUGAGACAUGUAUAUGGAGGAGAGAUCUCAAGCCUCGAUCCCUCAACAGCUGGGCAGUUGGCCUUGACCGCUGAUACUUUUAAUAUCCGCCCAUUGGUGAAGAAAGCUUGCAUGCUGAUAGUACCGAAGUCAGCAAAUGAUGUGUUCCCAGCACUGCUGUGUGUGGCCAACAUAUCCUGUCCUGAGCUUGAGCCUCAAGUUACCAAG